AUAACAAAAAAAAAAAACCAGAAGAAAGAAUACAAGAAAAAGCAAAUGGCGACAUGGUUUCUCAUCAUCUUCGUCUCUCUCACACUCUCCUUCCUUCUCCACCUCUUCCUCCGCCGCACCAACUCUCUUCCUCUACCUCCUAACCCUAACUUCUUCCCCAUCCUUGGUCCCUUCCAGUGGCUCCGUCAAGGCUUCGAUGGUUUCUACUCCUAUCUCCGCUCCAUCCACCACCGUCUCGGCCCAAUCAUCUCCCUCCGCAUCUUUUCCGUCCCCGCCAUCUUCGUCUCUGAUCGUUCCUUGGCUCACAAGGCUCUCGUUUUAAACGGCGCCGUUUUCUCCGAUCGUCCACCUGCGCUUCCAACCGGAAAGAUCAUCACUAGUAACCAACACACUAUCAGCUCCGGUACAUACGGAGCCACGUGGCGGCUUCUCCGUCGUAACCUCACUUCCGAGAUUCUUCACCCAUCUCGCGUCAAAUCUUAUUCCAACGCUCGUCGCUCUGUUCUUGAAAACCUCUGUUCUCGAAUUCGUAAUCACGGCGAUGAAGAAGGAGAACCGAUCGUAGUCGUUGAUCAUCUCCGUUAUGCAAUGUUCUCGCUUCUUGUUCUCAUGUGUUUCGGAGAUAAACUUGACGAAGAACAGAUCAAACAAGUCGAAUUCGUUCAAAGAAGAGAGCUCCUCACGUUACCAAGAUUCAACAUCCUCAAUGCCUUCCCUAGUUUCACCAAACUGUUUCUAAGAAAGAGAUGGGAAGAGUUUCUUAUGUUCCGGAGAGAACACAAGAACGUCUUGCUUCCGUUGAUUCGUUCCCGGAGAAAGAUGAUCGAAGAAUCUAAAGAUUCCGAUAAAGAAUACGUACAAUCGUAUGUAGAUACUCUGCUUGAUCUUGAGCUUCCUGAAAAGAAGAGGAAACUAAACGAAGACGAGAUCGUGAGGAGAGAUCCAACGGUGUGGGAAGAGCCAAUGGAGUUUAAGCCGGAGAGAUUCAUCGGAGAAGAAGAAGUGGAUGUUACUGGAAGUAGAGGGAUAAAGAUGAUGCCUUUUGGAGCUGGAAGGAGGAUUUGUCCAGGGAUAGGAUUGGCUAUGUUGCAUUUGGAGUAUUUUGUGGUGAAUUUGGUGAAAGAGUUUGAGUGGAAAGAAGUUGAAGGUGAUGAAGUUGACUUGUCUGAGAAAUGGGAGUUCACUGUUGUCAUGAAGUAUCCUCUUAAGGCUCGUGCUGUGCCAAGAAUGAAGAAUAAGACACAUAUUGUCAUGGCUUAGAGACAGAACAGAGUAGAUUUAUUUCUUGGGGAUGUUUUUUUUGUUAAGAGUGGUUUUAUAGUUUGUCCAAAACGUUGUCGUUUUAAUAAAGGCAGCCAUUUAUG